CUUUUUGCCAACGGUAAACACCACUGGCCGCCGUAGAGUCGAGAAUAGAUAGGCCUUUAAAAUACUACUACAAUAAUGAGGUAUAUUUGGUAUACCAAAAAAUAAUAAUUAGGCGCCUACUACAAGCAGGUUCCCCAAAUUUCCAGAUUAUGUAUCAUUUAAAUGUGGUAGAUUUUCAACCAAGCCAUGAUUGUGUUCCUUGUUGCUGUUCUAUGCACCCCCCAUCAAAGUUAUUCUCAACAUGGCAGUGAAUAUGAAGACAAAUUCAAACCUGAUUGUGGUAAUUAUAAUUUGCAAAUGGCAUGGAGUGCAGAGUGUGGCUCAGGCAUGAUUGCAGCUACACCUUUAGUGGCAGACAUUGAUGCAGAUGGACAUUUAGAUAUUAUCAUAGCUUCAUUCACAGAAGAGAUAUCCGUAAUUAGGGGGGACACAGGUCAGACUCCUGACCAGUCUCAUUGGCCAUUCAGAUUCCCAGGUGCUACAUUCCAUGCAAGUCCUUUGUUAUAUGAUAUAGACCAAGAUGGCCAGAAUGAGGUACUUCUAACAACUUCUGAUGGAGAGAUAAUCUUCCUAACAUCUGCCGGUGAAAAGCUACAGGGUAGAACACUAAAGGUUGGCCAUGUUGUUGUAAAGAAAUCUUGGUAUGAUUUGGAAAUAGAAAUGGAUCCAAGCAACAUUCACACUAUUCUUUAUAAGCAGGAUUACCAACUGCAUUCAAGAAGAAAAAAUGAUGCUGAGUUUGUGGGGUCUGAUGAUGGUGGAGUAAACCGAAAGUCGGGUAUCGUCUAUGAUGGAGAUUAUAUCAGCAUAGAUGCUCAUGUUUUGGCAACACCUGUCCUUGCUGACCUUAACAAUGAUGGCAGAAUAGAGGAACUCAUCAUGCCAGUUACAUACUACUUUGAUGAACAGACUUACAGUUUACCUGAAACUGAUUUAAAAAGGAAUAGAUUUGGCAACAUAAGUAUUGAAAACUUUCUGUGCAGUGCCAUUGUUGUGAUGAAUUUAACAUCUGGCCAAGUUCUAUUUGAAGUGCCUCUAGAGAUGUCAAAGGUAUCAGCUGAGUUCCCAGCGUACCAGCUUUUUACACCAACUGUUAUAGAUUUAGAUGGCAACUCGGGACCUUUGGAGAUUAUAGUGUGUACAUCAGCUGGCCGUUUGAUUGUAUUAGAUUGCAAUGGUCAUCUGAGGACAGGCUUUCCAAAGUCAUUUGGAACAAUUCAUGGUCAGGUUACAGUUGAGGAUCUAGAUGGGAAUGGUGUUUUGGAGCUGAUAGUAAUAGAUAAUAGUGGUAAUGUAAUGUGUGUGAAUGCCAUGGGAGACGUAAUUUGGGAGUCAGAGAUAUCAGGUACCUCAUCAGCUGGUUCAAGAGUUGUUGACCUUAAUGGUGAUGGUAUACUUGACGUAUUGGUUGCUUCUGAUGAUGGGUCUGUGUGGGCUUUCAAAGGUGAUUCUGGGUCAUUGGUAGAAGAUUGGCAUCAUCAGCUUGGCGGCCGUAUUACAUCUAAUGUCCUCAUUACUAACCUCCAUCCAGACACAUCAAAUGUUGACAUAGUGAUUGCAGGACAUGAUGGGAACCUCUACAUAUUGUCAUCAUCAGGGCAGUGUUUACAAGCCAUUGAACUUAAUGAACGCAGUUUGGUUCAGGUGCUGUCUGCAAAUCUAAUGGAGACCAUUCCAGGAUUAGAACUUCUGUUGGCUACCAUGGAUGGCACUCUUCUCUCUCUGGCAGUUGGUAAUAACGAAAAUGUAGAGCACUCUUUGCUUUCUGACUGGAAGAGUGAAACACCGACUUUGAAUCAGUUCACUUUUUGGAAUAACCAAUUUCAGGUGGCAGUUGUUGAUAAUUUUAAGGAGUUGACUGGAUCAACAUUUCAAGUUGACAUUGACAUUCAAGAUAAUCGCCCACAGCAAUACCGUUGGAAAUCAUAUUAUGUGAUGAUUCGUGCUGGAAGCUAUAACCUUGGAGAAAAAAUGGAGUUCACAUCAGCCGGAAUGCAUCAGCUCACAGUAACAUGUCCCCCUCACCCUUUUCAAAGUACUGUUGUUGUGCAUGUCACCAAUGGUUUUGCACAAGAAAUUACUACCACAUUCACAGCUAGAUUUAAUAUGCAAUGGAAACAUGAUGUGAAGUGGUUGAUGUUGUUGCCACUGUCGAGUCUCUUCUUGCUACUUUUGCUUGUGUUUGGGUUUCCUGAGGCGGAUCUAUUGCCGACAGUCCACGACACCAAAUAUAGUUAGUGUGGUUACAUCUAUCACAUCACAUCACGGCAUGAAAUUAGUUGAUAAAAUAAAACAAAAAUCAUUGCAAA